AUGGCAAUGGAUGUAAUAAAGCAACGAGCGAGAUUGGUUAAGAAACUGAUUUCCGAUAUAAUGUACGUUCCAGCCGAAGAUUUAGAGAAGAAAUCUGAUAUCGUAGAAGAAAUGAUUGAAAGUAAAAAAAUAAAUGGAACAAACGAAAAUAACGAAACAUCACCAGUUGAAGAUAUCCAUUCGAUUACUGUUGGUAAUGUGAAGCAAGUGGCAAGUAAGCGAAGUUUUGAUUGGAUGACCAUAUUCGUUGAGUUGGUUGCGAAGAAAGUCCAUAGUUUUCUUUGUAGCAAUAGAAUGUAA